UCACUGUCUGAUGGUUGGGUAUGAGUAUGCCCCGCCGUACUGCUCGGGUCCUGGUGUGGGGUAGUGGGGGCCGCCCGGCAUCAUCUGGGCCGCACCCAGCAUUCCACCCGCACCAGCCGCACCAUGGUGCAUCAUACCUGCAGACCAAACACACACACACACACGCAUUUCUGCUCUCCCUGUGAGUGAGUUCCAUGUCUGUGCAUGGCGUGGUUCAGCAGCUGACUGACCGGCUUGAAUGUCGACAGGUGGCUGGUAGGAUGGCGCCUGCGAGGAGGUGGCUGUGGGUGGGUGUGCGGCUGUGGCGAACAUGUGGGGUGCGGGUGCUGCACGGGGGUCGCUGCAGAAGUGCUCCUCGCCCUUCUUGAUCUGCACCUUGAGGCGCUUGCCAGCCACCGAGAAGCCGUUCAUGCCGAUGACGGCGUUGGCGGCAGACGCAGGGUUGUCGAAGCUCACGAAACCGAACCCCCUGUUGCGGCCCGUCGCCUUGUCCGUCGUGAUGCGGGCACUGGGCAUUGCAUGCGUGAGACAGACAGACAACGGAUGUGUCUGUGGUUGUGUGAGCGUGUUGGUUGUGCCGUGUGCACAGACCUGAUGAUGUGUCCGUAGUGUGCGAAGUGGUGGAUGAGGUCAUUCUCCGACCACUCGUUGGGGAUGUGGAAAAUAAACAAAUUGCUACCUGCACACACACACACACACACACACAACACGUGUGAUAACCCACCCCUCUCUGUCUGUAUGUCUGGUGGUUGUUUCUGACCUGGUGGCCCGUGUGUCUGCGACCCUGCUGCCGUCGGUGAGACGUUCAGCUGCACAUUGCCCAACUGACACACCACACACACACACAGACAGUGGUCGUGAUGACAUAGCCGCCGUCGGUCGGUUCAUGCGUGUGUGUGUCGGCAUGUGGGUCAGUACAGUACCCUCAUGGCGGUAGCGCCCCGCUGCGCGAGGUGGCUGCCGCCGUAUUGCGGUGCCGGCCGGGGUGCGUCCAUCUCGGGCGGCCUGUCCCACUGAGUCACGCCCGUCAUCUGGUUGUGGUAAUACGGACUGCAUCACCCAUCACCCAUCACACACACCACGCACACACACCACAUUGACACACCCUGUCUGUUCAUUCGAUUCGGUAGCUGUCGCGUACCGUCCUUCGUGUGUGAAGUACUCGCGCCACGGCUGCACAUACAGACACACAGACACACACCUUCGGUUGACCGGGUCCGUGUGGUCCAUGUGAGCGGGCUCACUUCACUUGAUUUGCUGGCUUACCGACGGCGGUGCGGCGGGUGGUGUGGCCUGUGUGGGUGGGUAGGGCUGGAUGGCCUCUGCGCCGAUCUCCUGCAUGCCGGGGAGCUGGCCGUACGGCGACCCGCCGUCCUUGCUCAGCGCCGUCCGCUUGUUCUCCGCAAACCUCACCUCGAUGGGACGAUCCGAAUUCUGACGAUAUUUAUAUAGCCACACACACACGCAUAUAGAGGGGCAGAGAGGGAGAGAGAAGGAAAUGAAGGCAUCGUGAGCGCUGUGGUGUGUUGUGGUGUGGUGUGAGCAUUUCCUUCGUACAGGGAGAGUGACUUUUCCGUUGAGUUGCUGGAUGGCGUAGAAUGCCUGCUCCUUGUAAGCGAACUUGACAAACGCACACCCUGCAAGACACACACACAGCACACGACACACAGAGAGAUGCGCAUGGGUGGCUCGGGAAGAGGGUGGACCGACCUUUUGACUGUUUGAGGUUGUCCCUCAUAAUGAAGACCUCUUCGAUGGUGCCGUGCUCCUCAAACACCCGCUGGAUGUCACUCUCAGUCGUCGUCUUGGGCAAACUACCCACAAACAACUUGGCCUAUAGAAUAUGUAUGCGCACACACACCCACACCCAAUGGCCCGGCUCGCUGCGCCGCGUGUGGUGCGGUGUGUGUGUGUUGCAAUUAAUGCUAUUUAUCUACCUGGUCGACGCCAGGCAGUGCGUUGUCGAGUGGGAGCCCCAGCCGUUCGUGUUCGCCCACGGCAUACUUGAUGGUCAGCGGCCCCAGCGACUGGUCGAGCACCUUGAUGUUGUUGAGCGCACGCACCGCAGCAUCCGCACUCGUGAUGCUCGCGUAACGAACAAACGCACAACCUGAAUAGUGGGUGGACACACCAUGUAGUAGAGCCAGACAGACAGGCAGGUGCAGACAAUACUCAUUUGUGUCUAUGGAUGGGGAGGUACGUACCCUUGUGCGCCUGUGUUUCCCGGUCCCGUAUAAUCGCCACAUCGGUGAUAUCGCCAUACGCACUAAAGAUCUGCACACAUCCCACACAACACACGACACACACAGACACAACCAAUCAGCCAGCCGCGCCCGCAUCCAUCCACCCAUCCAUCGACGUGCACAGGAGGUACCGUACCACUCGUAGUGUGUCUUCGUUCAUGGUCCGCGGCACUCGUCCGACGAACAGCUUGACCUCCACAGGCGGACACCCUGACCCACCCGCACCACCCGCACCAGGCGGCCCGGCCCCGUGUGGCGGGCCGCCCAUCAUGCCACCUCCAGUGGCGGUAGACGCCUGCUGCUGCAUCGCCUCACUCGUUGACGGGGCUGUCGGAGGCACUGUCCGACCGAAGAACACACAACCAACACACACGACACAUAGGUGUGAAGAGAUGUGUCCGUUGUCCUGUGGUUGGUCAGCGCGUACCUUCGUGUGAGGCGCUGGUUGGCGGUGUGGGCAUGUCAGAGGGGGGAGGGUGCAUCAUCGCGCUGGACGGUCGGACAGCGAACCGAAGUAUCCGACCACCAACAGCCGCCGCCCUGAUACACCGAGAGGAGAAAACAGAAAACACGGCAGAGAAAGAAAGCAGCCACAAAGCAGAGCAGUUCACAUCACAUCUGGCAAAACACUGCAGCCAGCCGUUGUGUGCUCUGCUCUGUCUGCGGCCUCCCUGCCCUGUGUGUUCUUCCUCUUUUGUGUCGUGCACUGCACUGCACUCCACACCCACCAGGAAACGAGGCGCGAGAUGGCGGCUCAGCCGGUGUUGUAGUCGAAUUGCUGGCGCGACGGGGAGAGCAGCGCCACUCGCUAAAUGGUCGGUCGAGGUCAGAGCAGAGGGGCGCCGCCACGAGAUGGAGACAGACAGACAGACGAUAUAGAUAACGCAGAAUAGAGGCCGGCUCCGACAGGGACGCAGGCAGCGAGAUGGGGCAGGGCAGACACUUGGACACACUGACUGGGCAGACUGACGUACACACGACUAUAGCACCAGCACCACUAACGCACGCAGGAAGGACACGGCAGCAGCGCCACACGACAGCAGACGAGAGGAGGAGAAGAGCGAGAUCGCCGCCGGCGGCAU